CCGGCAUCUCCCCAUUGAUCUAAGCAGGGGCCUUAUCACAAGAUGGACACUUUGGUUGGGUGCUUGAGACUUCGGUCCCGCAGUUUUUGCAAGAAUAGACCUCUGAAGGCAUGCUGAACGUUUCUUGUUUCGAUUUGAGAGGCUGGUGGGCGUUCGUGAUCCAUAUAUGUUCUAGAUGAUUUUGACAAGUUGGCCUCUGAUGCAAUGCUGAAUAGGUAGGUAGGUUCUGAAAUGACAGAAGUUUGCUUCACAAGCAGGCUCUUGGACAUCUUAUAUCCAAGAGAUACUUUGCCUGUUGUACGACCCAGAAACAUGGAUAGAUCUUUGUGAUACCGAGAUAUGGGAUCACUGGAAUCGCCUGGUGUAGGUUGUAUUACCCAAUGGAGCAUUCUUGAAACUGCCAACGUGCGUUUGGAUUCCAAGUGCUGUGCCUUCGCCAUCCGCCUGCUUCCCCGCCUUUGUAAUGGCGCUCUUCUUUUGCCCAUCCUUCAAUUUCCACCUCACUGCUUCGCAACUUGUACACCAAAAACUCAGUGAAACUUACCGGGCACCAAAAAAAAGCAAUACCAGUUCUUUGUUAUUUCCGAAGCCCAAUGUCUAACCCGAAGCCACGAGAACCGCACCCAGCCAGAGAAGAUGGCUACUGCGCUGUGACACCCGAAAGAAAGUAGUACAUUCGCGGCAACGCCUUCAUCAAGAGGUCCCUCCGACCAAAAGAAUUCAUCACCAACUGGAAAGGCAAAACCCACGUUCUUCGACUGCGAAAAGAGCUCCUCAUGAACGAAGCUGCCGCGCUCCGCUUCAUCCGGCAGCACACCGACAUCCCUGUCCCCGACAUAUACUGCGGCUUUGAAGACGACGACGCCUACUACCUGAUAUCUCAAAACAUUGACGGGGUCAACAUGUCAGACUUGAAAGACGAGACGCAGAAAGCCGCCGCUCGUGUGGAGCUGGAGAAACACCUGGCUAAGUUGAAAGGAAUCAAAUCCAAGCGCCUCAGUGGACCAUCUGGGAUUGUGAUCCCUCCGUAUCACGGUGAAGAUUACGUCUUUUGUCAUCCUGACUGCUCACAGCACAAUGUAGUCGUUGACCCUGAGACGUUGCGCAUAAAAGUGAUAGUCGACUGGGAGUAUGCCGGUUUCUUCCAAGCGCGGCGUUUGAGUUUCCAUUUUACAUGCGCAAGGAACCAUCGAUUGCGUUGGGCGAGGAGCAGGACGAUUCGCUGGAGUUGCUUGAAUUUCUGACUUCCAAAGCGGGGAAAAUGCAAGAAGCCGGUGAAGAUUUGGGAAACUGAAGAAAGCACAGUGUGCGUGCCAGGAUAACUGGGUGAUCUGCUGCCAUGAUAUGAUGUAUAAGAUGAUCAGGCAUGACAGGGGCUGUCGGGGAAGUUUCCCGGGCCAGGAGCGGAGCCUUAAACAAUAUUCAGACACAGCAUUUUGGGUCACCCAAUAACGGGUUGCCAGAUUCUCCUUGCCGGGGACUGCAAUGGAUUGUGGCGUCUAAGUAUCUCCUCUUUUGUGCAUUUGGAAUUUCGAAGUGGUGCCAGAGUGGCGUUAGAUAUGACAGAAGGGAAGUUCAAUGGAAGUAGUGUGUCUACCUCCUCAUUCCCAGAGAGUUGACAGUCAUUGAUCAGGACUUGCUA